AUGUCCAAAAACAUCUUAAUCACAGGUGCAACCGGCAAACAAGGCGGCGGUGUGAUCAAGCACCUCCUCGAUAACCCAUCCUUCACUCUCCUGGCCCUGACCCGAAACACCUCGUCACCCAGCGCCCAAGCCCUAGCCAAAAAGGGAACAAACAUCAAGCUCGUCCAAGGAGACCAAAACGAUGUCCCAGCCCUCUUCAAAUCCGCUCUCGAAGUGACCAAUAGCGCACCGAUCUGGGGCAUCUUCAGCGUCCAAGUAGCAGGCGCAGGAGAAGUAAAACAAGGCUGCGAUUUGAUCGACGAAGCCAAGAAGCACGGCGUGAAAUGUUUCAUAUACAGUAGUGUCGAACGAGGAGGUGAUGAGGAGAGUUGGAACAUCGAGACUACAGUUCCGCAUUUCCAGACGAAAUAUCAAAUCGAACGUUAUUUGCAAGAGAAGGCUGGAAGCGGAAUGGCUUGGACAAUUUUGAGACCGACAGCUUUCAUGGAUAACUUGGCUCCUGGUUUCCCGGCUAAGGUAUUCUUGGCUGCGAUGAGGGAUACGCUUGGGGAGAAAGCAUUGCAGUGGAUUGCGAGUUCUGAUAUCGGGGCUUUUGCAAAGAUUGUGUUUGAGCAUCCGGAGGAGUGGAAUCGUAAGGCUUUAGGACUUGCGGGUGAGGAGCAGACGGUUGCUCAACUUUGUGAGAAGGUGGACAGGAAGACGGGUGUCAGUGUGCAGCCAACGUUUUGGAUUUUUGGAGCAUUGCUGAAGAAAUUGGUGAAUGAGAUGGGAGUUAUGCUGGAUUGGUUUGGAAGUGAUGGGUAUAAGGCCGAUAUUCCGAAGUUGAAGAAGAUAUAUCCUGCCUUGAUGGACUUCGAGGCGUGGCUCGAGAAAGAGAGUCCUUUUCCGAAGAAGGCGUGA